CGCGCUGGGAGCGCGGCCGUAGCCUCGGCUACCUGGCUACCUGGUGGGUCCCCUCCCCUGGAUUUCCUCCACUGGCCGCCCCUGGCCUGCCUGCCACACCCUCAGCUGCCACGGGAGCCCCAUGGCUGCAACCUGUGAGAUCAGCAACGUUUUCAGCAGCUACUUCAGCACCAUGUACAGCUCGGACGACCCCACUCUUGCCUCUGUGCCCCCUGCACCCACCUUUGGGGCUGAUGACCUGGUGCUGGCCCUGGGCAGCCCGCAGAUGGCCCUGGAGGGCACAGAGAAGGCCAGCUGGCUGGGGGAGCAGCCCCAGCUGUGGUCCAAGGCGCAGGUCCUGGACUGGGUCAGCUACCAGGCGGAGAAACACAAGUACGACCCCGGCACCAUCGACCUCUCGCGCUGCGAGCUGGACGGGGCGGCCCUGUGCCGCUGCGCACCCGAGGAGCUGCGCCUGCUGUUUGGGCCCCUGGGGGACCAGCUCUACUCGCAGCUGUGGGACCUCACUUCCAGCUUCCCCGACGAGCUCAGCUGGAUCAUGGAGCUCCUGGAGAAGGACAGCCUGGCUCUCCAGGAGCCCCUCGGGGAGCAAGGCCCCUUCGGUGAGAGCCCCUCCUCCAUCCUUCCCCAGCCUGACGGCCCUCAGCUGGGAGAGCCAGGGCCCCCUCUGACCACUCACCUCUGCCCCUUAGACCAGGGAAGCCCCUUCACCCAGGAGAUACUCGAGGACUGCAGGCAGGCCAGCCCCCCCUACACAGGCAGCUUCGGUGCGGGGGCGCCCUCCCCAGGCAGCUCCGACGUCUCCACCGCAGGGACUGGCGCGUCUCAGAGCCCCCACGCCUCAGACUCCGGUGGAAGUGACGUGGACUUGGAUGCCCCAGACAGCAAACUCUUUCCCAGGGAUGGCUUUCCUGACUACAAGAAGGGGGAUCUUAAGCACGGGAAGCGGAAGAGGGGCCGGCCCCGAAAGCUGAGCAAAGAGUCCCGGGAAUGUCUGGAAGGCAAGAAGAGCAAGCACGCCCCUAGAGGCACCCACCUGUGGGAAUUCAUCCGUGACAUCCUCAUCCACCCGGAGCUCAAUGAGGGCCUCAUGAAGUGGGAGAACCGGCAAGAGGGCGUAUUCAAGUUCCUGCGCUCAGAGGCUGUGGCCCAGCUGUGGGGCCAGAAGAAGAAGAACAGCAGCAUGACCUACGAGAAGCUGAGCAGGGCCAUGAGGUACUACUACAAGCGGGAGAUCCUCGAGCGGGUGGACGGCCGGAGGCUUGUCUACAAGUUCGGCAGGAACUCCAGCGGCUGGAAGGAGGAGGAGGUGGUGGGACACAGGAACUGAGGGGCGGAUCAACCCCGCGACCACGCUCGACGUGAAGUGCAGCCCCUGGGAGGACCAGCUGGCCAUCCAGGCGCGCACCCCAUGCCGUGGAGAGCAGCUGAGGCCCUGGGUCCCGUCCGCAUCGUCCUGGCCUCUGGGGCCAGUGGUCCCUGCAGUCUGCCCUCCUAUGGGAAUCACAAGCCUGGAGUUGGAGGUGACUGUACACUGGCCGUCGCUGCGCGUGCAGCUCCUUCUGUCUGAUUGGACCUGAUUGGACCCCAGCUGGGGACGCCUGCCUCCUGCAGAGGCUGGACGGGCCGAGGAGGCCAUGGGUCCUGGGCCUUGAGAAGGGGGCCCCCUCUCUCUGGACUGGCUUCCUCCUCCCCACUCAGUGCUUGGACUCCGCGGGCAGGGGUCAGAGCACGCCCUAAUUUAUGUGCUAUAAAUACGGACAUGUACAUAGAGAUCUAUUUUUUCUAAGACGUUCCCUUCCCACUCCUCCCACACCAGGCACUGGUGCCACACCGGCUGUUCGAGGCCCUCAGCUGGGCUGGUGAGGGAUGGGGCUCCUGCUCCCUCCCCAUGUGAAGGGGAGCACUCCAAUAAAGUGCCUUCUGGACUUUUUCUAA